AUGGCAGCGUCAUCCAGGGGACAAGGACGAAACAGCAAUGAUGAAGACCAGAGCGAUAAUCAAGAAUCAUCGAAUUCUAUUUAUGCGGCUUUAGCUAGGACUACUGCUCGAGGAGUAGGCCUCUACUUUGCAAGGCCGAUGAGGUUAUUUCGCCCAACGAAGAUUAGUGGCUGGACAACCCUCCGCCAUGUAGCAGCCUCCCAGGGGACAAGCCUUUCACCAGCAUUUGUUACCAAUUUGAUACGGACGCAAGGGGCAUUGGUCAUUCCUCGACAUUUUAUUCCUCCACUACUAGUCAAUACUUGCCUCGGGACAAUCCUUUUCACAACAUACAGCUAUACGUAUGAUACUAUCCACCAUGAAGACACCCACUUAAACAGCACCAUCGCUUCCGCGAUUGCUGGGGCUACAGCGGGUGCCGUACAGUCUAUCGCCGGUGCGCCGGCUGAAAAUGUUAGACUAUACCUCGAGGGGGAUACAACCGGCAAACAGACAAGUGUCCAAGGAUGGCGGCAAGCCUGGAAAGAUGUAUUCAGAGACUCUGACCAAUCAGGAAUGGAGCGUGAUCGGAAGGCCUUGCGUCGUGAAGCCCGCGCAACAAGAAACUGGGCACGAGAAGUAGCUGGGAUGUCAAUGGGCCGAGGGUGGGAGGGCUGGGGGUGGAGUUGUGCAAAGGAUACACUUGGCUUCGCACUGUUUUUCGCUACCUUCGACGUCUCGAGGCAUGCUGCGACCUUUGUAUCCCGAGCUCGCUCCGACCGACGCCGUGGGGCAAAACGUUUGGAAGCCAUUCUCUGGGAUAAAUCGUUUCACCCAGAGCUUAGUGACGAUUCGGAGCGUGAAGGUCACAAGUCUAUCUUUACCAAACUCGCUCAAGAUCUCGGGCUCCGAGUGCUUGGAUGGCGCGGAGUCCCCACCGAUGGCACCAUUUUAGGGCCGGCCGCUAGCAGCAAAGAACCCUCUAUUUUACAACCUUUUGUUGUACUUCGUGAGAACUACGGCGAUGCAAAGUCCAGUCACAAUGGUCCCUUUGACCAGCGACUCUUUGAGCGACAACUCUAUGUCUUGCGCAAGCAUGCAACCCACACCAUCACCCUUACUCGCUGGUUCUAUAUUUGCUCGCUCUCCACAAGUAAUAUCGUCUACAAGGGUCAGCUCUCACCGCCACAGGUAUACAACUAUUACCACGAUCUCAACCAUGUCCUCUACAAAUCACACUUUGCACUCGUACACUCUCGAUUCUCAACCAACACGUUCCCAAGUUGGGACCGUGCCCAGCCAAUGAGGUGGGCGGCGCACAAUGGUGAAAUCAACACUGUUCGAGGUAAUAAAAAUUGGAUGCGUGCUCGCGAGGGCGUUCUGCAAUCAACACUCUUUGGUGACGAACUUAAUCUCUUAUAUCCUAUUAUUGAAGCUGGAGGAUCCGACUCGGCGGCAUUUGACAACGUACUCGAAUUAUUGGUCGUCAAUGGCGUCGUCUCUCUCCCUGAGGCCGUUAUGAUGAUGAUUCCCGAAGCUUGGCAGGACAAUGAGCUCAUGGAGCCAGAAAAACGUGCUUUCUACAACUGGUCCGCUUGCGUACAAGAGCCUUGGGACGGACCUGCGCUUUUUACUUUCAGCGAUGGCCGAUACUGCGGAGCCAACUUGGAUCGAAACGGUCUUCGCCCUUGCCGUUAUAUCAUUACGAACGAGGACAUUAUGGUCUGCGCUUCCGAGGUCGGUGCGAUCUACAUUGAACCCGAGAAGGUUGUCUCCAAGGGCCGUCUCAAGCCCGGGCGUAUGCUGCUCGUUGAUACAGUCGAGGGACGCGUCGUUGACGACAAGGAACUCAAGCGAACAACCGCUCGUAAGCAAAACUUCGCUCUUGGGUCGAGGCGUACCAUAUCUAUCGACUCAGUCAUUGACAACACUGUCCUCGCGACUGACCCCAAACUCCUCGCUUUCGGUUAUACGGUGGAGCAACUCAACUUGUUGAUGCUGCCCAUGGUUUCAGAAGGAAAGGAGGCGCUUGGCUCUAUGGGUAACGAUGCUCCUCUGGCCUGCAUGGCUACUCAGGCUCGCCCAGUGUAUGAUUACUUCCGCCAGCUAUUCGCUCAGGUCACAAACCCACCGAUCGAUCCCAUUCGCGAGAGUAUCGUCAUGUCGCUCGAGUCUUAUGUUGGACCGGAGGGAAAUCUCCUCGAAAUGAAGCCCGAACAGUGUCACCGAAUUCUCCUCAAGUCCCCAGUUCUUGGAAUCGAAGAAAUGAACGCGCUCAAGAACCUCAGCGCCGCAUAUCCCAAGUGGUCCUCUCGUACGAUCGAUAUCACGUUCCCCAAAUCUGAAGGACUCCCUGGGUACCGCGCUGCGCUCGAUCGUGUCUGCAACGAGGCGACUGCUGCGAUCGAGGACAACCAAAAGGUCAUCAUUCUAUCCGAUCGUGCCGUAGGAAAGGAUCGCAUUCCCCUCAGUGCCCUGAUUGCCUGUGGGGCUGUUCACCAUCACCUCGUUCUCCAGAAGAAGCGAGCCAAGGUCGCAUUGAUGGUUGAAACUGGAGAGGCUCGCGAGGUUCAUCACCUCUGUGUAUUAGUCGGCUAUGGGGCUGAUGCAAUUUGUCCCUACCUUGUAAUGGAAGUAAUCCACAAAGUUAGCCGGGAGCGUAUCGUCAAGGGAGAGCAAACAGUGGAACAGUUGCUGAAAAAUUAUCGCAAGGCGACCGACAAUGGUAUCCUUAAGGUGAUGAGCAAAAUGGGCAUCUCGACUCUGCAGUCAUACAAGGGCGCACAAAUAUUUGAGGCAUUGGGGCUCCACAACGAAGUCGUCUCUCGGUGCUUUACUGGUACAGCCAGUCGUGUUCAGGGCGCAACCUUUGAUCUACUUGCUAUGGAUGCGUUUGAGCUCCAUGAGCGUGGGUACCCUUCGCGCGAAACACUUCUACCUCCUGGAAUGCCGGAAUCCGGGGAGUACCACUGGCGUGAUGGUGGUGAGGCGCAUGUCAACGACCCCGCAGGCAUCGCGAAUCUUCAGGAUGCGGUACGCGAGAGGAACCAGGCCGCCUAUGACGCAUACAGUCGUAAUGCACGCGAACAGAUCAAGCAAGCAUCACUUCGUGGCCUGCUCGAGUUCAAAUACGAAGCCGCGACCCCUAUCCCCGUUGAGCAAGUCGAGCCUUGGAAUGAGAUUGUUCGUCGAUUUGUUACCGGUGCCAUGUCCUAUGGGUCGAUUUCUAUGGAAGCUCACUCCACACUUGCGGUCGCGAUGAACCGCCUCGGGGGAAAGUCUAACACCGGCGAGGGAGGUGAAGAUGCGGAGCGUUCUCAAGUCUUCCCUAAUGGCGAUACAAUGCGUUCUGCCAUCAAACAGGUUGCCAGCGGACGAUUUGGUGUGACCAGUAACUAUCUCGCCGACGCGGAUGAGCUUCAGAUCAAGAUGGCACAAGGCGCGAAGCCGGGUGAAGGUGGUGAGCUUCCCGGACACAAGGUUUCUGGUUCAAUCGCUCGCACGCGUCACUCGACUGCCGGGGUGGGGCUUAUUUCCCCACCUCCCCAUCAUGACAUCUACAGUAUCGAAGACCUUAAACAGCUUAUUUACGAUCUAAAAUGCUCGAACCCCCGUUCUCGCGUAUCAGUCAAGCUUGUUUCAGAAGUUGGUGUUGGCAUUGUAGCGAGUGGUGUGGCCAAGGCCAAGGCCGACCAUAUUCUUAUUUCUGGCCACGAUGGCGGAACCGGUGCUUCACGUUGGACCGGUAUCAAAUACGCUGGGCUUCCGUGGGAGCUUGGCCUUGCUGAGACUCACCAAACACUCGUGCUCAAUGAUCUGCGUGGACGUGUGACUGUCCAGACUGAUGGUCAGAUCCGUACCGGACGUGAUAUCGCGAUCGCUUGCUUGCUCGGAGCCGAGGAGUGGGGCUUUGCUACUACACCUCUCAUUGCUAUGGGAUGCAUUAUGAUGCGUAAAUGCCAUCUCAAUACCUGUCCUGUUGGUAUCGCUACUCAAGACCCGAUGCUUCGAGCCAAAUUCGCCGGUCAACCUGAGCAAGUCAUUAACUUCUUCUAUUAUCUCGCCGAGGAGCUCCGUGGUAUUAUGGCUAAGCUUGGAUUCCGCACGAUCAACGAAAUGGUUGGGCGCGCCGAUAUGCUCAAAGUCGAUGAAGCUCUCCGCACGCCAAAGACGGCUAAGCUCGAUCUCGCGCCUAUUCUGAAACCGGCAUGGCAGAUGCGUCCAGGUGCUGCCACAUACCGCAUUCGUCAGCAAGACCACAAGCUCUAUAUCCGCCUAGACAACAAGUUUAUCGACGAAGCCGAGCCCGCACUUACCCAAGGGCUGCCCGUACACAUCGAGUGUGACGUAGUCAAUACCGAUCGUGCGUUGGGAACAACUCUGUCUUACCGAGUGUCGAAGCUUUACGGAGAAGAGGGCUUACCCAAGGAUACAAUUCAUAUCCUCAUGCGCGGAUCGGCCGGACAGUCUUGUGGAGCGUUCCUUGCCCCUGGGCCUGUCUGGCGGUCGUCUCGUCGUAUACCCUCCCAACAGUCAACCUUCAAGGCAGAAGAGAACAUUAUCAUAGGCAACGUCUGCUUGUAUGGCGCCACCUCUGGAGAGGCAUUUAUUCGUGGUAUUGCUGCUGAACGCUUUGCUGUGCGCAACUCGGGUGCGAAUGCUGUCGUUGAAGGAACCGGAGACCACGGCUGCGAGUACAUGACUGGUGGUCGUGUCGUUGUUCUCGGAACCACUGGGCGUAACUUUGCUGCGGGUAUGAGCGGAGGUAUCGCAUAUGUCCUGGAUAUGGCCCACACCUUUGCAGCCAAGGUCAAUCAAGAGAUGGUCGAACUCGGCAAGGUUACCGAUCCCCGUGAAAUUGCUGAGCUACGUAGCCUCAUCGAGGAUCACCGCCAUUACACCGGGUCCGAGGUCGCGAACCGAGUGCUCAUGGACUUUCAUCAUCUUCUUCCCAUGUUCGUCCGUGUCAUGCCCCUCGACUACAAACGCGUUCUCGAAGAAAAGGCGGCUCGGGAGAAAGAAGAGAAGAAGAAACAGAGCUUUAUCGAUCUCGUGCCUUCACACACAGCGAGCCAAGUCGAUUUGGCAUCCGAGACUCUCGAAGACGUUCUGCUACCAAAGGAACCUCUCUCCGCCGCAGUUUCUAACGCACAGCUCGCUCCCGGUCGGCGCAGCGAACCUGCGAUCGUCGACGUUGAAGACUCGAUGAUCGACGAGAAUACGACGAAGACUCGCAUGGCCAAACUCGACAAGACGCGUGGCUUCAUGAAGUAUAAGCGCCUCAAUGAAGCAUACCGCCCACCUCGUAAGCGCGUCAAGGACUGGAAAGAAAUCUCUAACCGAUUGACCGAGAGCGAGCUCAAGUAUCAAUCGGCGCGUUGUAUGGACUGCGGUAUUCCUUUCUGUCAAUCCGAUAGCGGAUGUCCCAUCUCGAACAUUAUCCCCAAGUGGAACGACCUGGUCUUCAAGGGCCAAUGGCGUGACGCACUGAAUCGCCUACUCAUGACGAACAAUUUCCCCGAGUUCACUGGUCGUGUUUGUCCAGCCCCGUGCGAAGGUGCUUGCGUUUUGGGUAUUAAUGAGCAACCUGUGGGGAUCAAGAGUAUAGAGUGUGCGAUCAUUGACAAGGGUUUCGAAAUGGGAUGGAUGAAGCCAACCAAGCCGACGUUCCGCACGGGCAAGAAAAUUGCCAUCAUUGGCUCUGGACCUGCUGGCCUUGCAUGCGCGGAUCAACUAAACAAGGCGGGACAUACCGUAACCGUUUACGAUCGCAAUGAUCGCAUGGGUGGGCUUCUCAUGUAUGGGAUCCCCAACAUGAAGCUCGAUAAGUCGAUUGUACAGAGACGUCUUGACUUGAUGGCUGAGGAAGGGAUUACGUUUGUCCCUAAUUCCAACAUUGGCGUGGAUAUCGAUGCCGAGGACCUGAGAAGCGCUAAUGAUGCAGUCGUGUUUUGCACUGGUGCAACAUGGCCUCGCGAUCUAAAGAUUCCCAACCGAGAUGCAGCCGGCAUUCACUUUGCUAUGGAAUUCCUCCAGGUUGCUCAACACCAAAUCUUUAUUGGACUCGGGCUUCAAGACAGUAGCUAUAUUAACGCUCGUGGGAAGGACGUCAUUGUUAUUGGAGGCGGAGAUACUGGUAAUGAUUGCAUAGGGACAUCCAUGCGUCACGGUGCCAAAUCGGUUACAAACUUUGAAUUGCUUCCUAAACCUCCAGCAAGCCGCGGUCGCGAUAAUCCAUGGCCACAGUGGCCUCGUAUUUUCCGUACCGACUAUGGGCAUACCGAAGUUGCUGCCCACUUUGGCAAUGACCCGCGCGAGUACUCCAUUUCGACCAAAGAUUUUACCGUGGAUGAAGAAGGAAAGCUUACUGGUUUGAACACUGUCCGCGUUGAAUGGACAAAAGACAGCGGAGGGCGCUGGAAGAUGGAGGAGGUUCCUGGAUCUGAGAAAUAUUUCCCGGCCCAAUUAGUCUUCCUUGCUCUUGGUUUCUUGGGACCUCAGCAAGAACCACUGAAGAAGCUGGGAGUAAAACUUGACGGGCGUGGCAACGUUCAAACUCCGCACAAGAAAUACUCCACCAACGUCGACGGUGUAUUUGCUGCUGGUGAUUGCCGCAGAGGCCAAUCCCUAAUCGUUUGGGGCAUCAAUGAGGGUCGAGGCGCUGCUGCAGAGGUUGAUGCAUGGUUAAGCAAUGGAGUUACUCGUCUUCCUUCUGCCGGUGGAAUCAAACAACGUCUCUUCAUUCCCCCGGUCACUGCCACUUUAACUAAGCCAGUUCAUGUCGACGCCUGA